AUGCCCCUGUCUGUGUGUGUCUCUCUCUCUCUUUGCCCCUUGUCUGUGUGUACGUCUCCCUCUUUUGUUUCUUCCCUGUCUUUGUGUGUGUCCUUUCUGUGUAUAUCCCUGUCUGUAUUUCUCUCUCUCUUUUCUCUCUCUGUGCCCCUUCUUCUUACUGUCUCCCUGUUCUGUGUCUGUUUCUCUCUCUCUCUCUCUCUUCUUGCCCCCUGUCUGAAUGUGUGUCUCUCUCUCUCUGUGUGUGCCCUCUUCUGUUUGUUUUUCUUGUCUUCUUUUAAAUCCUGUAUGCCCUGUUUUUGUGUUUGUGUAUCUCUCUCUCUCUGUGCCCCCCUUUCUACCUGGAAUUUUCUCUUUUCUCACCUCUCUUUUCAAUCUCUCCUCAGUCUCUCUCUCUCUGUGUAUGCUUUUCUGUCUGUCUGUCUGUCUCUUCUCUCUCUCUCUGUCUGUCUGUCUGUCUCUCUCUCUCUCCUCUGUCUUCUCCUCUGUCUUCUCUCUUUUUUUCUCUUUCUCAUUCUUUUCUCUCACCUCUAUCUAUAUUUUUCUCUCUUUCAUAUCACGUCUUUUUCUUCUCCUCGACACAAAAACAUUUUUGCCUUCUCUCUUUUUGAGAUUCACCCCUUUUCCCAUUUCUCGAUUCUCUUUUUUCUUUCAUAG